AUUCAUCAGGUUGACUUUAGACCAGUCGCCGCGAUGCAGUCGUUGCGAGCUAAACAAACAUGUCUCUGCUACACAACGAGACAACGGACCUUAAUGAUACGUAUGAUGAUAUGAUGACAUGGAGGCGAACGCACCGGGGAACAUGCGGCGACUUCUAAGAAACGAUGCCAACCAUUGAGCUGUAGAUGGCGAGUUGCUCUCCGACUCGUCGGUUAGCUUUGUGUAGCCCUUUGUGACCGUGUUUACACACUGCUAGCUAGCGCCCCCGUGGGCGAAUGUAAGCUAGCAAAAUGGACCUUGGAACAAUGUUGUACAACAAUUUGAAAGACGUCACGUGGAGCACAACGUCUUUGCCAUUAGAUCAACUCGUCAGUACUUAUCGGUUGCCUCAAAUUGCCAAGCUGGACAACGGCCAGUUGGUGGAAGGGCUCAGAGACAAUGACUACCUCUUGAUUCAUUCCUGCCGUCAGUGGACGACAAUUACUGCUCACAGUCUGGAGGAGGGACACUAUGUCAUUGGGCCCAAAAUAGAGAUCCCAGUACACUAUGAAGGUCAGUUUAAGCUGCUGGAGCAGGACAGAGAUGUCAAGGAGCCUGUGCAGUACUUCAACAGCGUGGAGGAGGUGGCCAAAGCAUUCCCUGAAAGGGUAUACGUCAUGGAAGAAAUCACUUUCAAUGUUAAGAUGGCUUCAGGGGAAUGCAAUGAAGAUACCGAGGUUUACAACAUAACACUAAGCACCGGUGAUGAACUGACGUUAAUGGGCCAGGCGGAGAUCCUAUACGCCAAGACUUCCAGAGAAAAAUCAAGGUUCAACACAAUAUUUAAGAAGAUUGGGAAGCUAAACUCCAUCAGCAAGAUCGGUCGAGGCAAGAUGCCCUGCUUGAUCUGCAUGAACCAUCGCACCAAUGAGAGCAUCAGCCUGCCUUUCCAGUGCAAGGGCAGGUUCAGCACCUGUAGUCCGCUGGAACUCCAGAUGCAGGACGGCGAGCACAUCAUCAGGAAUAUCGUGGAGAAAACACGCCUCCCUGUCAACGUCACAGUACCCAGCAGUCCACCCCGCAACCAGCAUGACCUCCACCUAAUCCGGGAGGGCCAUCGCUACAAAUUGGUCAACAUUCAGACGAAGACGGUGGUCGUGUGCUGCAUCCUGCGAAGCAACAAAAUCAUCCCCAUCCAUUUUCCCUUUCAUAUGGCCAUGCCGAGAUGUAUUAUUCCGGAAGAACUACUGCAAGGAGAGUUGUGGCUCGACACUAUGGUACAUCGCUGGUUUUCCUUCUGCCAGGAGCAGUUUGACAUAGACGACUAUUCUCGCGCCGUCCGGGAUGUGCGGACUGACUGGAACGACGAUGGGAAGAGCCCAAAGAAAAGUAGUGGGAAUGGCAGUUGCAGCGGAAGCAGUGGAGGCAGCAGCAGCUCCAAUGGUUGUACCAACCAAAUGCAGAUUCCCAGCUCUUUAACUUACGCCCGGGAUGAGCUCACCCAGUCCUUCCACCGACUAUCUGUGUGUGUGUACGGCAGCAACCUGCAUGGUAACAGCGAGGUCAAUUUGCAGGGCUGUAUGACACUAUGUGGAGAUUGGGCUCUCCUUCCCUCUGACAGCCUCCCUUCAGACUCUGUAGAAAAUGAACACUUUUUCCCUGAACUGAUGGACAGCACAAGCCAACAACCACCCCUCAACAAGUCGGACGUUCCCUAUGAGGAGCUGUGGCUGGAUCAUCUGAGAGGUCAGACCCCAAAAGCUUCUUUAAGCGAGGGAACCCGAGGCAUCAACAAUGGCUCCGGUACAACAGCAGCCCUGUCGUACCCAGUGACCUCUCCUCUUGGUGCAACACCCAGUUUAGAUGCGUCUCUUACUCCGCCACCGGUUCCACCCAAAUCCGAAGCUGUGAAGGAAGAAUGCCGUCUGUUGAACGCCCCACCAAUUCCUCCACGGAGUUUGAAACAGAUGCCAUCUGUGCCCAUCCUGUCGAAACCACGGCAGCAAGAGACUCGGUCUCCAAGUCCAACCCUCUCCUAUUAUUCUUCUGGUCUCCACAACAUCAGUGGAGCGUCAGAGCAAGAGGCGGCCGACCCACAAGAGCCAAGCCGGGUGUGCUACCCGUGUAACUGGGUUAAAUCCGAUAGCACUGAACCGAAUGCUACGUUGGCCAGUGGGAGCUUGCCUUCCGAUGGGAUGGCCUCCAGGUUGUCUUGGCCAAAUCAUUUCAGUAGAGGAGAAUCCCACAGCAUGGAGGAAUUUCUACCAGCCGGCUGUCGAAGUUACUACAGUUACCCCAGAAAAAGGUCCCCAAGCACCCCAAAGACCUGCACAACCAGCCUGGUUGACUUUGAUGCCAGAGAGCACGUGCACAGCAGUAAGGACUUCAGGUCGCAGAAAGCUUCUCUGAAUCAGUUCUGCACCAAAUCUUCAAGUUACAACUCAGAAAUGUACAGGGACAAGCCAAUAAAAGAGUCCGACACCAAGCAGAGCCUCUCUUGCCCCAUCUUGCCACCGAGAACACUAAAAUCAAAUGCCCCACAGCAGAGCACAGACUUCCUGUCAGAUUCCGUCUGUGACGGUGAGCAGGAACCCUCCAAAUGCUCACUUACUCAACACGAGCAGGCCACGAAAGACUCAUUAACUCCUAACUGUCCAUCCUCCCCCCCGACUGCACAGUGGCAGCCCCCGUCCAGUCUGGCUGGCCUUUCUAUUGAGGAGGUGUCCAAGUCUCUCAGGUUUAUUGGCCUGCCAGACGACAUUAUCUCUCUUUUCGUGUCCGAGAAGAUUGAUGGAAAUUUACUCUUGCAGCUCACCGAGGAGAUUUUGUCAGAGGACUUCAAGCUAAGCAAACUGCAGGUAAAGAAACUCAUGCAGUUCAUAAAUGGGUGGAGGCCCAAGAUAUAACGAGCAGUAUAUGAAACUAAGUUCUGUUAUAAAGCAGAGAGUCAUGCCUUCAGCAUAUAUGCUAUGCACACCAAGCCACAAAGAGUUUCUUUUUGUAUAAUAUGAAUUGAAUUGUUACUAUAUUGUGAGAGAAAGACUUAAAGUCUGUGACUGCUAUUUAUUAACUGAAUGAAACCAUUUGGCACUUUCAUGGAGACAUUUCCAUGUCAGCUACUUAGUACUUGUAUUGCCCACAGCCUGCUAGUGGUCAUGUCAUCACAUCGAUCAAAUUUAAGGCAACAAAUGUAAAAGAAAACACUUGACGGGUCAGGAGACUUGCGUAAUGAGGACGUUGUACCAUUCUGUCCUUAAAGUGAAUCAAUCGCAAGCCAUUUCCAGGAUUCCUAAAAAGAGCGCAUACUAUGGUAUAUGUUGCUUAUUUACCAUAUUUAAAAAACAUUUAGUAGGCAAUCCACAAUUGGACAUUUGGCUGAAUUUGGUAACCAAAAAAAAACCUUCCCAAAACGUUCAAUUAUAUAUUUUUGCAGUCGGUGACACAUGAAGUAUGCACCUGUUUUUACGAGAUCAGGGAUGCAAUAAAGAAUCUGUUUAAUUCACUACUGUUGAAUUAAUUCAAGACCUGCCCUCUGCUAACGUGUAUUAAGAAAAAAUCUACCCCUUGAUCUCCUCUCGAGCUGUAAUCCUGGUCUGCAUCAGUAAACAUUCACUACUUUUUUCCGAAUGGCCAGAAAUAGCCAAUGAUAUAAACCUCAUCUCUGAAGAGAGUCGCUGUCUGUGCAUUGAUCCGAUAUCGGGUGUUUGUUGGUUUCCUGUUUAGUUUUAGGAGAUGAAGUGUUGCAUUUAAACCAACUGGGCUUUGUUGGCCAUCAGCAUGUGAUAUUCUACGUCACUGAACUAUCUAUGCUCGUAAGAGUCAGCCAAAUCCAACGAUCAUGAUGGUCUCAUGUGCAGCAAGUUGUCAGAUUUAGGCACGGUCUUAUUUCUACUUGAUGCCUAUUUAAUCUCAAGUUGAAUUGAACUAUAUUGCUAAUUGCUUUGAAUUUAAACAUCUCUGCUGGAAAAAGAAAAAAUAAACUUUUUAGAGAUUAUCUAUUGCAGAAAAAGACUGACUGGGAAAAAGAUGAUAUCCUUACUCUAGAACGUACAUGGAAAUAACCAACAGAGGUGAUGUGGACGAUGAUAUUCUACAUAAAAUACAAAUUAUGCAUCAUGCACUUUGGUGGAUUUUAGCCUUAUUAAUUGCAGUAAAGGUCAAUAAAUAUAAACUUAUAAAAGAAAAGUGUCUACGUAGAGAGUGAAUGCACUACAUGCUUUUAAAAAACUUAAAUGGUACUUCUUCUUUGUUCUCAUUGUAUGUAUUGUGUGCUCUCAUGCUAGAAACUAUUAAAAGAUAGCUUUUCUGCGCCUUAACCCAUAGACCUUAAAAUAUAUAAUAUUUAACUUUGGCUUAACAUUUUCAUUGAGUCAGUCUUGUCUUGAGAUUAUACUCUUAACAUAAACGUCUCAACAUGAACAUGGCGCUUUUUUGAACCCGUAUAUUUACCCAUACCCUGAGAGACAUGAAAAUGAUCUGCUUCAAUUAAAUAUUGGUUUCUGUUGGUACCAAACAUUUUCUCUGUAGCAUUGAAUCAGAGUUGAUUUAUUUAUACAGUAUUUAACAUAAGGCAAAAUAUGCAGAAUUGUUAUUUUCGGACUGUUGGCAUGGCUGAUAUAUGAAGGUGCUUCAGCAACAACGGCCUUUCUCCAACCCAGGACUGAGCUGUUGGCCAACAGCUGUUGAUUUCUUCCACUGACACUUUUUGCAGUGGGUUGUUACAUAUUUUAUUUGAUAUAUUUUUUAUGCAAAUGUAUUUUUUUUGUUUUUAAAGAAAGUGAUUACUAAUUUUAAAUGAUUGUUAUUGAGAAAAAAAAAUCUUAUGUUCAGAUAUCUUUAAAAAAAAUAACCCAAUUCUGUACAACUUGGUUUCUACUUGAGUUAAUGAAUCCAUGAAUUCAAAUAACAUUCGGUCACGAGGUAAGAAAAGCCUCAGUCACACUACAUAGACCGUGACCAAAAACAAUAAUGUUAAUAAGCCAUGUGUUUAGGUACUUUCAAAGAUUUCCUUGUACCUUUGUCCCAGUGUCCACAUUUUCUUAUGGGGAAUUCAUGUUUCCCUCGGCACUUAUUAUACGGUGAUUAAUGUCCUAUGCAAUAAACAUGGCCAUUUAAAGAGACCAUCAGAAAGAACAACUAAGCAUGCUGAGUGAUAAUGAUGGGCAAUGAAGUAUGAUGCAUAUUGAAAUGACCACAAAUGGCAAACUGUGCAUGCCAAAGUAAUUCUUUGUAAGUCACUAAUUUUACAUGAAUACCUCCUGAGAUAUUAACUGUGAACACAACUGACCCGGUCAUGAACUCACUAUCCUCAAGCAGUCAACACUGAUGGCUAUUCCAUCUUGAUGAUGCCCGUCAACCCUUAUUAAUAAUUGGCAUCUGUGCAAAAAGGAGUGAAAAUGACACUGGGUUUGAUUGAUAGCAUUAUUUGUGAACAUUAUGGAAAUCUCUACUUAUGGACAGCAAUCUUUCAAUUAACUUGUGUGUCCCUAUUUUUGAUUGUAUUAAAAUGGAUUAACUGGUG